AUGUCAGUUGAUAUGAAUAAUAAUAUGGCUAUACAAGUAGGAAGAAGUGUUGUUAGUUUUUAAGUUUCAAAAGAUUGGAAUGUAUAAUCAUCUUGUAUGUAUUCUAGAUUAUCUCUUCAAUAAAUAGGGGAGUUGUAUCAGAAGAUUAAAUGUUAUAAGAUGAUACUGAUUUAAUUGGAAAUGCUGUUGGUGAUGAAGAUUAAGCAUAAAUUGAAUAAGAAUUACAAAAUUUUGAAGAACAUACACCAUGA